AUGAUUCUUGCUUUAUUUUUGGAUAAUGUGUGUUUUUACUGCAGCGAUGGAUCAAUCUACUCAAUUUCUUCGAAUGUAUCUCCUUCUGAUGAUUUGCCUGCCUGUCGAACUUAUUCCAAAUCCAGAAAACCACCCCGCCGACGUGAAUAUCACGACCACGUUGGAAAUCCUAUGUCAGAAAUAGAUCGUUCUUCGUUGACCAGUCAACCUCGAACUCAAAUUUCUCUUAACAGCAUAGAAUUUGAUGAAAAUAUCAAUUUUGGACCCUUACAUCCACUAGAGGCUCAACUACAAAGCUUGAGAAUUGAUUCCGUAGGGGAAGGCCUACUUCAUGAAAAUAGAACAAAUCAGCAAACCCUAGCUGGAAACUCAAGGCCGAUUGAACCAAGACAUAUUUAUGAUGGAGCUCUUUAUAGGUAUAAUAUUACAAAUAAGCAAAUCCUAGCUGCUGGAAACUUUGGGAUUGGACCAAGUCAUGAUUAUGCAAGAUUGCUUCAUGAAAAUAAUACAAACCAGCAAAAUACCAACCAACAAACCCUAGUUGGAAACUUUGGGAUUGGACCCCACCACCUUGUUUAUGAAGGACUAUCUCAAUGUAACAAUGCAAACAAUGAAACCCUAGUUAUUGGGAACCCUAGGAUUGGACCCAGCCCUGUUUUUUAUAAUUCUCCUGUAGGAAGAAUCUUGCAGAGAUAUAAUGACAUUACAUCGCUUGAAGUUAUGAGGGGACGUGUCGUUUCAAUGUCGAAAGAGGAAUAUGGAAGUGAAUUUCUGGUGAGAUUGUUGGAUGGGAAGAACCCUAGAGAUAUUAAAUUCAUUUUAAUGGAGUUGUUGAAUCACUUGCAUGAUUUAAUGAUGGACCAGUUUGGGAAAUGCGUCAUUGAAAAGAUUUUUGAUGUACUCAAUGAGGAUCAAAUAACCCUCCUUUUUGAAUUGAUCACUGAGGAUCUUCCCAAAUUUCAGAUUGCCUGCAAAAACAAUAUAGGUCUCUUUAUUCGGUAUACUAGUAUGCAGAGUUAUACAAAGUAUGAUAGAUCAUCUUACGACAGAAAGGCAAUGGAUUGUUUUACAUAUGCUCUGAGGGAAAUUGUUGUCCCAGUAGCCACUUCCCAUUAUGGAAGUUAUGCUAUUUUAGAUGCAAUGGCAUCUGAAUGCACUCUUGUUGCCACAAACAAAAGCGGUUGUUUUGUUCUUCAAAAAUGUCUAUCUAUUUCUACGCUAGAACUUUCUUACUUGCUGAUUUGUGCCGUUACUAAUCGUGUCACAGUGCUAGCACCACAUCAAUACGGGAACUAUGUGGUGCAGUAUGUGAUUAAGUUGAGGUUGGGUGAAGUAAAUGAAGCAAUAGUGAAUCGACUUCGAGGUUGCUAUGUUGACUUGUCUGUUAACAAGCAGGCUAGCAAUGUGGUGGAAAAUCUGUUGAUAUUCUCAACUCAGAAGAAUGUUGGUAUUAUAGUUCAAGAGAUUAUAAAUAGCCCUAGCUUUCUGUACCUUCUUCAAGACCCAUUCGGCAAUUACGUUGCUCAGACAGCCUUGGAAUGUUCUAAGGGAGCUCUGUAUGAUGCAUUGGUGAGCACAAUUUCGAAACACUAUAGAAUUCUGUGUACUGAUCAAUAUGGAAAAAGG